AAGCAAGGUAGUAGGUUCAUUUGACCUUUAUUCCAAAAACUAACCAUCGGAUGAAACUAUAAAAGGUAUGGAAGGAGAAAUAUAAAAUCAGCAGCUCAUUUAUUAAAAUCCAAAUUUACCAAAACAAUGGCAAGUUCUACUGCACCUGGCAGGAAACAUCGGUUCAGAGGUGAUAGACAUUUGUUCUCGGCUUCUGAUGACACAACAAUGCUGAACCAACUUCGAGCCACACAUGCCCCUGAUGGCCGUGACAUUGAUGUGAAACCUUUACUUCACAUCAUUGAGGACAUCUUUUACCGUGCUGCACCCACUGUCCCUGGCUCUACUCAGGGAGAUCAAGCACACAUGGAUGCUCUAGAUGACAAGGCAUUCCAAGCUGGUUAUGGAGAGCUGAUAGAACUAUUGGCAUUCACCAUAAACAAAAUCUCUAACGAGAUAAUUUGCAAAUGUUCUGGAAGUGGAGAUGCACAUACAACAACUCUGUCAAUAUUCAACAUGGUCUCAAGCUACUCUUGGGAUGCAAAAGUGGUCCUUGCUCUUGCAGCCUUUGCUACGUAUUAUGGUGAUUUCUGGUUAAUUGCCCAGCUCUACACUGUAAACUCAUUGGCAAAAUCUGUUGCAAUCCUUAAGCAACUUCCUGAGAUAAUGGAGCACCCAGAUAGCCUCAAACCCAAGUUUGAAGCAAUUGGCAAUUUAAUCAGAGCCAUGGUAAACGUUACCAAAUGUAUCGUGGAAUUCAAGGAGCUCCCACCACAGUACAUAACUGCAGAUACACCGGUAUAUGAAAGUGCUGAUGCUUUGAUCCCGACAGCUGCUUACUGGAUCAUCAGGAGUAUACUGGCCUGUGCAUCACAAAUUGCGGGUCUAAUUAGCAUGAGUAACGAGUAUAUAUCAUCAACAACAGAGGCUUGGGAGCUGUCAAGCUUAGCUCAUAAGGUCAGCAGCAUAUAUGAACAUCUACGAAAGCAGCUAGAUCUCUGCUACCAACACAUUGAUGAAAAGAAACAUAUAGAAGCAUACCAGCUGCUUAUUCGCACAUUUGAGACACCCCAUGUUGACAACAUGAAAAUUCUCAGGCUUCUGAUUUAUUACAAGGACGAUCAACUGCCCCUUUGGGAUGGUUCAGGAAACAAAAGGGUAAGCAUAGAUGUAUUGAGGAGAAGAAAUGUUAUACUACUAAUUACAGACCUGCACUUUUCUCAUGAAGAACUUUCAAUUCUUGAUCAAAUGUACCAAGAAUCAAGGCAACACCCAGCAAGGGUGGAAAGUCAAUAUGAAGUAGUGUGGCUCCCGGUGGUCGACAAAUCUUCCCCUUGGGAUGAUAAAAAACAAGAACAGUUUAAAACUCUACAAUCAGUGAUGCCUUGGUACACUGUUUAUCACCCUUCAAUGAUUGACCCUGCAGUUCUUAGGUAUAUAAAGGAGGUGUGGCACUUCAGCAAGAAGCCCAUGCUUGUCGUCCUUGAUCCACAAGGUCGAGUCACUAACCCCAAUGCUCUAUACAUGAUGUGGAUUUGGGGGAGUCUGGCAUUUCCUUUCACUAGAACAAGGGAAGAAGCUCUUUGGGCAGAAGAGAAAUGGAGGCUCGAUUUGUUGGCAGACGCCAUUGAACCAAUGAUCUUCCAAUGGAUGCAAGACCAGAAAUAUAUAUGUAUGUACGGAGGAGAAGACCUGGAGUGGAUACAGAAAUUUACCGCCAAACUACAUAAUACUGCACAAGCUGCUCAAAUUUCACUCGAGAUGUUAUAUGUUGGUAAAAGCAACCUCAAGGAAAAAAUCCGUAAGAUCAAUGAUGAGAUUACUUCUCAGGGCUUGAGCCAUGUACUGCCUGAUGUAACUCUAGUGUGGUACUUCUGGGUGCGGCUAGAGAGCAUGUGGCACUCCAAGGUACAACAAGGAAAGACGGUGCAGGAUGACCCCAUUAUGCAAGAGAUAGUUACAAUGAUGAGCUUCGAUGCAGGUGAUCAAGGGUGGGCUUUGAUCAGCAGGGGGGCGACAGAGAUGACCAAAGCCAAGGGUGAGACCAUCAUGAUGUGCUUGGAUAAAUUUGAAGAAUGGAAAGAAGAUGUCCCGGUGAAAGGCUUUGUGCAAGCAAUAACCGAUUAUUUGCAAAGAAACCAAACACCACACCACUGCAACCGUCUCAUUCUACCAGGCACAACUGGGAGCGUUCCAGACAAGGUUGUUUGUGCAGAAUGUGGCCGUGCCAUGGAGAAAUUUAUCAUGUAUCGCUGCUGUACUGACUAAGAAAUCUCACAUAAUAGGUCACUCUUCCACAAUAAGAAACAUAGCACAAGAAUAAAUUGAACCUAACCAUAUUUCCAUUAUAACUUGUCAUUUGUUGUAAAUCUAGUACUAAUACAGUUUGUAACUUAGUAACGCUUGAAUCUUUGAUGUAGCAACACAGCUGAUAUAGUUUGAUGUAAAUUAGAGAGUUGCAAGAAGAUAAGAAUGAAUUAAUGUCUCAAUAAAUUCCGAGUUUUCGACGUAGUAGUUUGUUUAACCAACUUUAAUCUUCUUCAUACAUUAUACAUUCAAGUUUUCAAGAGUCCAAAAUUAAAGUCCAAAGUCCAGUAUUCCUCAACCAAGUCUAUGUAUCGCUUAAACCUUGAACAUUUCUAUUCGCCACACAAGUGCAAUGAAAUAAAAUGUGAAACCCUAUAAUUUACAAAAUUUAAUUCUAUGUUUACCAAAUUUAAAGAAAUACACAUUUUGUAAUAUUAUUUUAUUAAGUUCAACUCAACUUCAAUAUCAUCAAAUCCAACAUCUUAAAACAUCAUUAAGAAGUUUUAAAUGUACCAAACCAAGUUCAAAACUUUCAAGAAUAUUCACAAGAUUACAGAUUCAAAAAAACAAGUUUUGAACAUGAAAAAAAAAAACUUAUUUGCAUCCAAAAACAUGAAUUUCAAUUCAAUUUAAUCAGAAUCAAAUGUAUUAAAAAUGUAAGUAUCGAAAAUGUACCAGUAGACAGGUAACGCGAUGAAAGUAAAGAGAUUAAUA